AUGCCGGUGAUUUCCAAGAAAGUUGAUGUCCUAGUCGUGGGCAGCGGAAAUGCCGGAUUCGCAUCCGCGAUUUCAGCCGCAGAAUCGGGUGCUCAGCGAGUCUUGCUGAUUGACAAGUGUCCCGAGGAAUGGGCGGGUGGAAACACAUACUUCACUGCUGGGGCAUAUCGCACGGCUCACGCAGGCCUCAAGGACCUGUUGCCCAUUGUCCGCAAUGUCACACCUGGCCAGGCUGAAAAAAUCGACCUGGCUCCUUAUACUGCGAAGGACUUCAUGGCAGAUCUCGACAAAGUUUGCAUGGGACGGUCGGAUCCCGCGCUGGCCAAAACCCUCAUCGGGGACUCUAAUUCGACCAUCAAGUGGCUGGCUGGCCACGGAAUUCGCUUCCAUCUUUCAUUUAAUCGCCAAGCUUAUGAGGUUGAUGGAAGGCUCAAGUUCUGGGGAGGUCUGAGUCUCAAAACGGAGGAUGGUGGUAAAGGUCUUAUCGCUGACUACCGAGCUGCCGCUCAGAGAUGCAAGGUCGAGGUGUCUUGGUCGACUAUGCUCGUGGGUAUCCAACAGGAUCCACACAAUGGGACCUCUCUCGUCUCGGUCAAAACCGGAGACAAGGAAUAUAUCAUCCAGGCCAGCGCGGUGGUUUUAGCUGCAGGUGGUUUUGAAUCAAACGCUCGCAUGCGCAGCCAGUUCCUCGGACCUGGCUGGGACCUCGCCAUGGUUCGUGGUACGCCCUACAAUACCGGUGACGGCCUCGAACUGGCCAUUCGACAGCUCGGAGCGCAGCCCAUCGGCAACUGGUCCGGAUGCCACUCUGUCGCCUGGGAUGCCAAUGCAGACGCGAAUGUCGGCGACCGUGUGGCUUCCAACGAGUAUACCAAGUCCGGAUACCCUCUCGGCCUGAUGUUGAACGUCGAAGGCCAGCGAUUUGUCGAUGAGGGAAUCGACUUGCGGAACUACACCUAUGCGAAGUUCGGCCGAGCAAUCCUCCAGCAGCCAGAACAUCUCGCCUUCCAGGUGUGGGACUCUCAGAUGAAGCCCUGGCUUCGAUCAGAAGAGUACCGCGAGGAGCGUGUUGAGCACAUCACUGCCCAAACUUUGGAAGAACUCGCCGAAAAAUGCGGACACCGCGGUCUGCGCGACAAGCAAGCCUUUGUUCGUACCAUACAAGAAUAUAACCAAGCUGUCUAUGCUCAUCGCCGAGAGAACCCAUUAGCCAAAUGGGACCCCGCGAUCAAGGACGGGCUUUCGACCCAGUCCUCUAAAAUAGAAUUGGCUCUCGCGAAGUCGAACUGGGCACUUCCACUGGACCAAGCUCCCUACCUUGCUGUCAAGGUUACCUGUGGCAUCACCUUUACAUUUGGCGGUCUCAAGGUGGACCCGCAGACGGCACAGCUGAUAACUGCGUCUACUGGCCAUCCGAUGCCUGGGAUUUUUUGUGUCGGCGAGAUGCUUGGUGGCCUCUUUUACUCCAAUUAUCCAGGUGGAAGUGGACUGACCUCGGGUGCCGUUUUUGGCCGGAGAGCUGGCAAGGCGGCAGCGGCUCUGGCUGGUCGUGCUCAAACCGGAGCGUCGCAGCAAAACAACCCCUCUGAUUUUUCCCACAUGAGCCUUUCCAGCAGUAAGCUGUAA